UCUGGAUCUUUAAAUUGAUAUCCCCCAUACGCAAGUGUGAUGGCAAUAGCAUUGUUACACUUUUUUUUUGUCUCAUUUUUUUUGUCUCCUUUUUUUGUCUUCUUUUUUCCCUUUUCUUUUCUUUCCUUUUUUCACUCCGUUAUAUCUAGUCAUCUACACUAUUUCAUCCCGCUUCCAUUACAUAUAUCCCUAGGGAAGGAUAAAACUGGAAUGCUGGAAUGAGCCACCCUUCAACCCAACUCCCAGGGCUCCCGGUCUUCGUUCUUCGUUCUUCUCCCUCGGAUAGGCGGAUUUGAAUCCAGCA